GGUAUGGUUGAAUAUCGAAUGCCAGCCUACUAUAUUUUAGCAGUUUAUAACACUGAACUAUCUGGAUGAAAAGUUCCGCUGAAAACAACCGCCGUUGACUAGCAUAUUCUUUGGAGAUAAAGAAGAUACCAUUCACAAGUCUAGGGGAGCCCAGUGAGAGAUGUCGAUCCCCCCCAACUUUCUGAUUCUGAACACCACCUAAAGGUCAGAGGUUAAAGGGUCAGCGGUCAGGGGUGGUCAACACCAUCAUGGCUGACAGUGAGGGGCUUGGCGGCAGUGGGGUUGAUCUGCCCAUCCUCGCACCGGGCCAGGUGUACGUGGAAGUGGAGUACGACUAUGAGUACAAGGCCAAAGAUAAGAUGAUCUCCAUCAGGCAGGGGGAGUGCUACAUGCUGGUCAGGAAGACCAACGAGGACUGGUGGCAGGUACGGAAGGAAGAGGGGAUGAAAGCCUUCUAUGUCCCAGCGCAGUACGUCAGGGAGGUGCGCCGGGCGCUCAUGCCCCCACCGAAGCCCCUCAUGUCGGGCGGGAUGGGUGGGACGAUCCGGGUAAAGCCUACAGUUCUGGAUAUCUGUAGCGCGUCCAAAGAGAACCUCAACAACAGGCCACCUCAGGAGAUGUCUAGUUUUGGGAGUCCGUCGCCCACCUCCACGCCCUCGCCCUCUUGGGGGCACGUCACCCCGCCUGCUCUGCCCAAGGAUGCCAACCAGAACCCGGAAAGCCCACGGCACAGCAAGCCCCCUGGCGUAGCCGAUCUGGUGCUCCUACACAACAACAAUAACCAUCACCACAGCAACAACUCCAAGUUACCGCAUAUGCGGGCGGACUCUCCACCUCCCAGGGCCCCCAACAACCACCAUAUAAACCACAGCCAGAGCCAUGACUCGGACCGGACUCCCUCCUCUCCUGGGGACUCCCCGGGAGAGGGGUCAGAGAAGCUCCAGAAUGACUCGGAGUCUGGAGAUGACCUGAGCAGCAGCUCUACUGAACACAUGCAGACAACGUCUCCGAUAGGGCAAGGCCGGCCCGAGUCCCCUAUCUACACCAACCUCCAGGAGCUGAAGAUCUCCCAGUCCAGCCUGCCCCCCCUCCCCUCCGGCACCCCACUGCACAUCCUUGGGGACUGGGAGACCCACAAGGACCUCACCGGUAGACACUUCUACUAUAACAGAGCCACCGGGGAGCGCACGUGGAAACCGCCCCGUGCACGGGAUGCUAGUGGCAGUACCAGUAGUAGUCGAGGAGACCCCCAUGGCAUGGGAGAGAUGGAGCCCCUGUCUUCCGAGGAGAACUGUCACAGCAGCACAUACUCCAGUCAGUCAGACAGUCAGUCUGGAUCUCCCCCUAGAGGCUGGUCAGAGGAACUGGAUGAACACGGACACACCCUCUAUGUCUGUGAACACACUCAUGAGAAGUGGAUAAAGCACGUGGACAAGCAGGGGAGGCCGUACUACUACAGCUCAGACGGCUCCAGGUCUGAAUGGGAACUACCCAAAUACAAUGUGUCCCCUCAGCCAGGUGAUCCCCCCAAGAGUCGUAGCCUGGAGAGGAAACAGUCAGACCCCAUUGUCCUGACCAAGUGGAGACACAGCACCUACGUACUAGACCUCAACGACAAGGAGUGUGGGCCUACAGUCCCCAAGCCGAGUUCUCCUGACUUUGACUCCUGCCCCUCAUCUCCCAAGCACCCCUCAAUCCCCUCUGAGAAGUGUGGAGUCCUCAACGUCACCAAAAUAACUGAGAAUGGCAAAAAAGUCAGAAAGAACUGGACGUCGUCGUGGACAGUGCUACAGGGCUCCUCGCUGCUCUUCACUAAAGGACAGGGGAGUGGGACCAGCUGGAAGUUUGGCGGUAACCAGUCGAAGCCGGAAUUCACUGUGGAUCUCAGAGGGGGGUCAGUUGAUUGGGCCUCGAAGGAUAAGUCCAGCAAGAAGCACGUCAUUGAGCUGAAGACCCGUCAGGGGACGGAGCUGCUGAUCCAAUCAGAGAUCGACAGCGUCAUCAAUGACUGGUACCGAGUCCUGACGGACACCAUCAGUACACAUGCAUGGGAGUCAGAUGAAGCCUUAGAUGAGGACAUGCCUGAGUCCCCCGGUGCAGAAAAACAAGACAAGGAGAAAGACCACAGAGACUCCAAGAAAAACAGAGCGAUGAAGACGUCUGUGAGUAUGGACUCCUCGGACCAGAAGAAGACCAGAGUAAAGCUGAAGAAGUUCCUGACUCGCCGACCCACCUACCAGGCCGUCAGAGACAAGGGCUACAUUAAAGACCAGGUGUUUGGCUGCAGCCUUAGCAGCCUGUGUCAGAGGGAGAACACUUCGGUGCCCACUUUUGUCACCAUGUGCAUCGACCACGUGGAAAACACAGGUCUGAGUAUAGAUGGGAUAUACAGAGUGAGUGGGAACCUAGCCGUGAUACAGAAGCUGCGCUUUGCUGUCAAUCACGAUGAGAAGGUAGAGCUGGAUGACAGUAAGUGGGAAGAUAUCCACGUGACUACAGGAGCCCUGAAGAUGUUAUUCAGAGAGCUGCCUGAGCCCCUUUUCACCUACGACUCUUUCAACGAUUUUAUCAACGCCAUCAAAUGCUCAGACUACAAGCAGCGAGUGAAUUUGAUAAAAGACUUAAUCAAGCAUUUGCCAAAACCGAAUCACGACACAAUGCAAUGCCUCUUCAAGCAUCUCAGAAGGGUGAUUGAUCAUGGAGAGGCCAACCGUAUGACGACCCAGAGCGUAGCGAUCGUUUUCGGCCCCACCCUGCUCAGACCUGAGACGGAGACGGGAAACAUCGCUGUUCACAUGGUCUAUCAGAACCAGAUUGUUGAGCUCAUCUUACUGGAGUAUGAGAACAUAUUCGGCAGGUAGAAAAUAAACACCUAAGAACGACACCUGAGGUAAACUCCUGUGGAAGAGGAUGGUCUGGUGACUGGUCGGACUCACCCAAUUACGCUUAUUUUUGUGACUGAAACAUUGCUGCUGUGGACCCAGCAAUUUGAAGAAAGAAAAACAAAAAUGUAAUUAUUGUUCAUUUGAUAAUAAGAUUAAUAAAGGAAACUAGUGAAUGACUUUGCACUUAACAUUUUGAGAGAGAUGAGUAUGAUGUAAAUAAAUACAGAUUUCAUUCACUUUGGUUGCCAUUCCUGCUGUGAGUAGCAGGGCGGUGCAGUUGCUUCAGGGGAGAGGGUUGGUUGGUUGGUUUGUUGGUUGGUGAGCUGGCUGGAUCUAGGCAUUGACGACGGACGGAGUGCAGUGUGAAUGGCGUGGAUGGAUCUCCCUCCGUGUGUGACGUGAUCCAGUGGAUUUGAGUGUACAGGGUAUAACUGUGUUCUACACUGGAUUCCUAUGGCCAGUAUUAAGUACAUACUACAUACAACAAGAGCUUGGUGAAUAAGACUUUCAUUGUUUUGGACUGGAGUGAAACAGAAGAAGAGGAUUGUGGGAUACAUUGAUGUGGCGUUAAAGAAACCGCUGGAGUGACUUCCGGCUUUCUCUGAUGACAUCACAACACAGGAAGCACAACUCCAUCCAGAUCAUUCAAACAACAACUAACUACCCACUGAAUAACUGACUGGCUGGGUGGUCUGAUCUCCCUCUGUCAAGUCAUUGGAAGCCCAUAUCCUACUACCAUGUGGUAGAAUAUAGACCAUGCUUGGUCGUCUGUAUAAAGACUACUCUCAUUGCUUUGUGUUGGAAUAAUAAUAAGCUGAACCUAUGAACUGGAUAUUCUCAGUGUUGUGGAACAUUGACUGUUGACUUGACCUCUGAAUUUUGUGAAGUACAAUGUAAAGCCUCAGUGGUAUGGAUACAGAAUCAGUAUUAAAUAUGGGGGCUCUCUGACGAGACCCCAAAAUGAUGUAUGGGGUCUCUCGGAGGGGAACCCUGGAUCAACUGGAUGGGACAUAGUCAUGUGUAUUAGCUGUAUUUCCCCUACUUCAUAAUGAAAACAUUCACCACGAUCGGAUCUGGGAACUGCAUUUUAGCACUAUUUUCCCUUUAUAAUGCACUACUUUUGACCAGAGUCUUUGACCAGUCAAACGUAAGGCAAUAUACAGGGAAUAGGGUGCGAUUUUGGACGUGAACAGGUCACCCUCCCUAUCCUACCUCCCUCGCUAGAACUGGAGCCCCGCCCCUUCUUCCAGAUCUACCCUUUGACCCUAGUGCAAUCAUCAACAGUGGUCAGUCAUUAUGUCACAUGACUGGUUUUGGGAAGCAUCAAAACAAACCUGUGUUUGGGGGAUAAUACAGUAAAUUAACUUGCUAUAUCUGAAGACUGUGGCUGCAUCCUAAAUGGCUUCCUAUUCCCUAUGCAUAGGCCCUGGUCAAAAUGAGUGCACUACAUAGGAAAUAGGGUGCCUGCCAUUUGGGAUGCACUUAAGAUCUUCCCUAAUGUGUACAGUUAAAGAACAGAUGUGUGUUAUUGUCUAGUCUAACGUGCUUGGUAUGGUAGGCCUCUGCUAGUGAAAGGCCUUCAUUAUAAGUGUGAAAGUGUUGGCUUUUCAGUGAAAGGAGAUGUCCUCUUUUCCCCACCUUCCUCCCUUUCCUGCUCUCAUCCUUUCUUCCCUCGUGUUCUGGAGUUACUGGGAAAAGAGAUGGAGAUGCAGUCAGUCUUAACAUGACUAUUUCAGAUGAAUACUGGUUAUGUCCCAAAUAACACCCUAUUCCCUAUUUAGGGUGCCAUUUGGGAUGCAGGCCCAAGCCUUUGUUCCAACUUCAUAAUCACUCUCCUUACCUAAGCUAAUCUCAACGGGACUGGGACUGGAGAGAAAAUGGAACUGGAAAAUAGUAUUACAUUCAAGUUUAUGGUGAUGGAAGGUACAAUGCAAAAAAGCCUCUGUGCAUAUUAUGUACAGCAGCCUACAUUAAAAAAAUAUUUCCUUAUUGAAGUAUGUAUGUUUUGAUGGUGAGUGGUUGGUUCAACGAGUGAAAUAUCACUGAUUUUGUAAAUUGUCAACAAAAUACAUAGAUUGUUACAAAAGAGGAAAUGGUAUCUUGAUUUUGACGCAUGGUCAACUGCACAUUUUGAAUGUACUUUUCAGACUAACUGCUGUUUGACAUGUCUAAUA